AUGUCAGCAGAGAAAAGGAUACACUACAAGUCUGGUGGCAUUCCACGCAGCAGAUCAGAAGGAAAUUUGAUGGACAUAGAUGAAAGAAAAUCUUCAACAAAUGGCAAUGGAACAGUAGGAGGACAAGAAGACUUAUCUAUUAAUUGGUCUGACAUAUCUACCCAGAAUGACGUCUGUAUUUACGAGUCUACCAAUCCCUUCAGGGAAGAACUCUCAGCUUCUAAUCCGUUCUUAGAUGACAUUGCCCAGUUAAGGAACAAUGAAAAGAGGGGCAUGAAUGUUUCCAUCUUGAAAGAAGAUCCUUUGCUUUUCUUUAGGGAAACAGACUGUGGAAGUUCUUUUGAUUCAUCAGGUGAUGAGCUAGGUACUCCUCAUCACUUGCAAAGGAAGCCCUCGGCAAGGAAAUCUGGGAGGUCCAAAAGCAUUUCAGAGAUUCUAGAUAUUCUAGAUAGUCAGGACUACGAUCUUGAGAGCUCAGGAGGCUCUAAUGAGAUCCUAGCUCACGACAUGGAGUGGCUUCAAAAUGACCGCGAGGCCUACAAGAUGGCAUGGUUAAGUCACCGGCAGCUGGCCCGCUCCUGUUUGGAUUUAGGGACGAUGAGUCAGAGCCCAGGGUGGGCACAGACCCAAGCUACGGACACCCUCACCGUCUGCAGGCUAGACCACGAAGGAGGCUCAGUCCAGCUCCCCGAGUCGGACAUCACGGUCCACGUGCCUCAGGGACACGUAGCAGCCGGGGAGUUCCAAGAGGUCGCCCUGAGAGCGUUCCUUGAGGCCCCCCCAUUCCUCAACCACAGUCAUUCGUGUACCGUGAGCCCCCUGUUAGAGGUCACAUUAAGUAACCUCAACACCACGGAAGCCAUUCUUCUGGAAAUGAAGAUUGCCGCCGAAGUGAAGGCAGAUCCCUUCAGCCAAGUCAUGACGGAGAUCGUGUGUUUGUACAGCUGCCACAAAGGCGGGCCUUUCAGAGUGCUGAACAACUGCUACCUUUACCAAGAUACAGUCCAGGUGAAGUUAACUGACCUGAGUCGGGUGAGUUACCUGGUGGCGGUAGUGCAGGCUAAAGCCAUCACAUCCCUGGCUACCACAGUUUGGGAUUAUAUCCACAGGACCAUCUCCGUUGGAAUUUAUGGGCCCAAAUAUAUUCAUCCCAGUUUCACGGCAGUUUUUACAGCCUGUGGACAUAACUACAUGCCUGGGAAACUCACAAUUUAUGAUAUGAAAAAGGGUGGAAAGAACACAUCCCCGGUCGUGUUUCAGCUGUGGGGGAAGCAUAAAUUUGUCCUCGACAGACCACAGGACCUUAAUGUUGUGCUGCUAUCUCGUGAUCCUGAUUUUGAGGUGAAGACGGAAGACCAGAGGAAAGAAAUUAAAGAAGAGCAGUUGAAAGCGGGGGAAGUGGUCCACCGGCAAUUUCCGUUCUGUGCCGUAGGCCAAGGGGGCAGGCAUUUGUUUGUUUUUCUCGUCCAGAUCGAGGGUCGAAACAACAGCCCAGUGACGCAAUUCUACAUCACAACACCUGAUCCGGCCCCCAAGUUGCUCAGGUUCCCCGAAACACAGAAUCAUCUACAGAAAAGGAAAGAGAUCAAAUCUGCUCCUCUGCCACUGCCCACCGUCGUUAAAUACCCCAGGUUUCAGGAUAGAAGUUUGAGCUUUGCCCACUAUGCUGUGACUCUCAAGACAGUGCUACGUCAGAGUAAGGUGGACUACUUACUCGAGUAUUUCAAAGGGGACACGAUAGCCCUUCUUGGAGGAGGCAAAGUGAAAGCCAUUGGACAAACCAAGAUAAAGGAAUGGUUUGUCGGGGUUCUUAGAGGAAGGAUUGGCCUCGUGCACCACAAAAAUGUGAAAGUGAUUUCGAAGGAACAAGUGAUGAGCAUGGCCGACUGCUCAUUCACCUCCAAGAAACUUCUUGAACAAAUGGCCUUGCCCUUUAAGAAACUGACAUACAUCUAUUCAACAGUCUUGACGUUGGUGUCAGAGAAAGUUUAUGACUGGAAAGUCUUAGCCGAUGCUCUAGGAUAUUCCCAUCUGUCACUGGAAGAUUUUGAUCAGAUCCAAGUGGACAAAGAGUCAGAAAGAGUUGCCUAUGUUGUGAAGAAGCUGAAGGAAGACUGCCAUGUGGACAGAAAUAAGAGGAGAUUUCUCUAUGAGUUGGUUGUUGCACUGCUGAAGAUGGAUUGCCAAGGGCUAGUGGCACACCUUAUUCAAGAUACCGUGAUUCUAACUUCAGCUGUCAAACUUGGGAAGUGCUGGAGGGAACUGGCAGAAAAGUUAGCCCGACUCACUAAACAACAAAUUCAAGCAUAUGAAGUUCCCCAUCGGGGCAGAACUGGUCAAGUUGCUCUAGAGAUGAUGUGGAAGCCUGCAUAUGAUUUUCUGUACACGUGGGGAGCUCACUAUGGAGACAGUUACCGGGAUGUGUUACGAGACCUGCAGUCGGCUUUGGAUAAAAUGAAAAACCCCGUGACGAAGCAGUGGCGAGAAUUAACUGGGGCACUGAUCCUAGUGAACUGUUUGGAGGUUUUGAGAGCAAAUGCUUUCCCCAUUUUGGAGAACUAAAACUCAUCUCUGGAAGACAAAUGACAGGAAACAGGAUCCAUGUUUUACAAAGUUGCUGGUUUUGUGGAUCUGAAGCGAGCCCGGCUGCCUCCUUCCCAGCUACGGACUACAGAACCGAGGCAUAAGCAGAAAAGAAGGGGUUCAUUUGUAGAUCAAAUGAACUUCCAGGUGGCCUGGAAAGCAGUCUCCUUAUUUAGGAACAAACAGGAGAAACUCCACUUCUUAAAAGCUAUCGUUGCAUUGCCCAGAGUGAGGACUAGCUCUUGAAACUGGAGCCAGGAAACCGUUCUCUCCAAAGCCUAGAGAAUUGGGGAAGAUAAAGGGCCAGAUAGAAAUGACACAAACACUGAGAAAUCAGAUGAAGCCUAAGAAGCUCUCCUGUGCCAUUCCUCAACUGCUCCCACUGACUGCCUUCUGGGAGACCACAAGAGACAGUAAAAAAAAUCUGUUUUUGGAGAAAGUCAGCUAUCUGAUCUCAGGCAGGGGCCAGAAGCUGGUUCCACUCUCUAAUCCCUUUAUAAUCUUAUCCAUGCCUUAAAACAUGCCUGCUUCCCUUAAAAUUUGGAAAUCGGCAUCAGAAGUUCUUAGUUUUCUAACAGGGGAACGAACUCAACCUAGGAAUGGAAUUAAUGCAGAAGGAGCCACAGUCACCUCCAGUUGCUUUGAAACAUCCAGAAAGCCCUGCCACUUCCCUCUCAAGCAAAUUCAUCCAAGACCCACAGAUAUCCACGGUAUAUAUUGUUUCUAAACUCUCUCCAGAUGUUGCCCAGAAUAUCACGUUCACAUUGAGGAAGAGAAGAGAAUGUAAAUUCCAUCUGAUGAACCUGAUGUUGACACAGCAGGCCAGUGUUUAUUGAGAUGUAUUCAGCAGCUUUCUCUUAAUCAUCUGCCAAUAUUUAUAUUAUUUUGGGCCCAGAAGAUGCCAUCAGGAAUAGUUAUAUUCUCUGCCUCUCCAAAAAAGGUUCACCAAUCACAGGUAACGGAUUUGUGGGAUGCAUGCUUUCUGACCAAGGGUUUAUAUUUUGGGCUAAGUUGUGGAGGCAAGAGGGUUUACAAAAGAAAAGAUGAUCCUUUGGCUAAUAAAACAAAUAAAAUACAAAUGUUUCAGGUGGCAUUAGAAGAGCAAGGUUUAACUUUUGAACAAAUCUGGAAAAGCUGGCAGAUGGAGUGCUGAAUUUUGGUUUAAGAACAAUCCUUAAAGUGGCCAAUAUUUGUGUCUGAUGAUAUCAGAGCCCAGUCUGCUCUGCAAGUUACGUACACAUGUCCAAGGGCAGAAUUUAUUUUAGUUGAAUGGGAAAUAGGAGAGAAGAGGAUCCAACAACUCAAACCGGCCUCUGUGAUGGACAUGUUUCACUUCGCUCAGACAUUUCUGAGCAAUUCAUUAACAUUUCUGUAA